CUCUCUCCAACCUCUAACAGGCGAAGAGUACAAGGAGCUGCGCGUUUCCAAGGGGGACCAUAAAGUGGUGAUCCAGGACUUUGAUGCCAUGAAGGAGUACCACGUCAGGGUUCUAGCUGUGAGAGGGAACCAGCAGAGCAGAGCACUACAAGGGAAGUAUGCCGCUGAAGACCUGGAGGGGGAGGGAGGAGAGGGGGAGAGCACAUUGCCUCUGAGACUUGAUGACACCGGAGGGACUGAGGAGAUCAACGAGAUAUCUGGAGCAGAUCCUUUUGUCUGUACGACUCAGGCCAUAGCUGACAUAGUGAUCCUGGUGGAUGGAUCCUGGAGCAUCGGGAGGCUCAACUUCCGCUUGGUCCGCAUGUUCCUGGAGAACCUGGUCAGCGCUUUCAGCGUCGGGAUCGACCAGACCAGGAUAGGUCUGGCCCAGUACAGUGGGGACCCCAGGAUAGAGUGGCAUCUGAAUGCCUUCACCACUAAAGAUGCAGUCCUGGAUGCUGUGAAGAACCUGCCCUAUAAGGGAGGCAACACACUGACAGGCCUGGCCCUGACCUAUAUCCUGGAGAACAGCUUCAAGCCCGAGUCAGGCUCCAGGAGCGGGGUACCCAAAGUCGGUAUCCUAAUCACAGAUGGGAAGUCCCAGGAUGACGUGAUCCCCCCUGCCCAGAGCCUGAGGGACGCUGGCAUCGAACUCUUCGCCAUUGGUGUAAAGAAUGCUGAUGAGAAUGAGCUGAGGGCCAUAGCUUCUGAGCCUGACAACACUCAUGUGUACAACGUGGCAGACUUCAGCAUCAUGAGCUCUAUCAUAGAGGGACUGACCCAGAUAGUCUGUGAACGGGUAGAGGAGCAGGACAAGGAGAUCAAAGGAGAGUCUGCAGGUCAGGAGACACAGGGAGCCCCUCAGGACCUAGUGACGUCAGAGGUGACAGCCAGGAGUUUCAGGGUGUCCUGGAGUCACGCUCCCGGCAGUGUAGAGAAGUACCGUGUGGUGUUCUACCCUGCUACCCAGGGAGGACGGCCUGAAGAGGCUGUGGUGGACGGCACAGAGAACUAUGUGGUUCUGCGGUAUCUCAACUCCUUAACAGAGUACCAGUUAGCUGUGUUUGCUGUCUACACCAGCUCAGCUAGCGAGGCACUUCGUGGCAGCGAGACCACAUUGGCUCUCCCCAUGGUGAACGGCCUGGAGCUAUACGACGUUACCCACAACACCAUGCGGGCGCGGUGGAGUGGUGUGCAGGGCAUCUCGGGGUACAUGGUCCUAUACGCCCCCCUGACCAAGGACCAGGCCUCCGACGAGAAAGAGAUGAAGGUGUCAGACGCAGUAACUGAUCUACAGCUGGAGGACUUGACUCCUGCCACUGAGUACACGGUGACAGUCUACGCCAUGUAUGGAGAAGAAGCUAGCGAUCCUAUGAGUAGCCAGCAGACCACCUUGCCACUGAGCCCUCCCAAGAACCUUGUGUUCUCUGAGGUGGACCACAACUCAGCCAAACUGUCGUGGGAAGCUGCCUCUAGGAAGGUGACAGGAUACCGCAUCAUGUACGUCAAGACUGACGGGCUAAAGACUGAUGAGGUGGAUGUGGGUCCCGUCACGUCCUGGACUCUGAAUGACCUGACGUCUGCAACGGAGUAUGAGGUAGCCAUAUUUGGGAUCUACGACGAGGGCCAAUCAGAAGCUCUCUCUGGCAGCUUCACCACCGACCCUGUGCCAGGACCUCUUGACCUUCAGGCCAGUGAGGUCACCGCAGAGAGCUUCCGGGUCAGCUGGGGUCACUCUGCUCCGGGUAUCGUCCUCUACAAACUGACCUGGGCUCCUUAUGAUGGAGGGGACACUAAGGAGAUGGCUAUAAGUGGUGAUGUGGACUCCUUCCUCCUCAGUGGACUGAGCCCUAACACAGAGUACGAAGUGAUGCUCCAAGCCGUCUUCAAAGACCAAUCAGAGAGUGAUGCGGUGUUAGUGGUGGAGACGACACUUGCCAGGACAACAACGGUUGCCACUACAACGCCAGUGGUGCGUCAGGCGGUGAGAGGCCUGCAGGUCCAGGAGGAGACCACCUACAGCCUGGAGGUGUCAUGGCAGCUGGAGGAUCCUAAGGUGGACCAGUACAGAGUCACCUACGUCAGCCUCACAGGAGACCGCAACGAGGAGUCAGUCCUGGUGCCUGGGCAGCAGACCACAGUCCUUCUCCAGCCUCUGCUGUCUGACACAGAGCACAAGGUGACGGUCACCCCAGUCUACACAGAUGGACAGGACGGCAUCAGUGUUUCUUCUGUGGGCAGAACAUUGCCCCUCUCGGCGCCUAGCAACCUGAGGGUGUCUGAGGAGUGGUUCAGUCGCUUCCGCAUCACCUGGGACACGCCUCCUUCUCCCACCUUGGGCUUCAGGGUAGUCUACCAACCCACCUCUGUGCCGGGGUCAGCUCUGGAGACCUUUGUGGGAGACGACGUCAACACCAUGCUGAUCCUGAACCUGCAAAGUGACACUGAGUACACUGUGAAGGUCAUCUCUUCCUACACCACGGGAUCCAGCCAGCCUCUCCAGGGCACCGCCAAGACAUUGUACCUGGGCGUGACCAACCUGAACACCUACCAGGUGAUGAUGUCCAGUAUGUGUGUUCAGUGGCAGCCCCAUCGUCAGGCUGACCUCUACAGGGUGGUCAUCGAGUCUCUGCUCAAUGGCCAGAAACAGGAAGUGAGUGUUGGAGGCUCUGCGUCUAGACAGUGUUUCUAUGAUCUGACCCCUAACAGCCAGUAUAAGAUCAGCGUUUCCACCCAGCUACAGGACAUGGAGGGGCCCGCCGUCACCACCAUCACUACAACACUCCCUGCCCCCACCCAGCCACCGACACCACCCCCCCACGUCACCCCCCCGACCAUACCGCCCGCCAAGGAAGUCUGUAAGGCAGCCAAAGCUGACCUGGUCUUCUUGGUGGACGGGUCUUGGAGCAUCGGAGACGACAACUUCCAGAAGAUUAUCCGCUUCCUGUACAGUACGACGGGAUCUCUGGAUCUGAUUGGUCCUGAUGGCACACAGGUUGCUAUAGCACAGUUCAGUGAUGAUGCCAGGACUGAGUUCAAGCUGAACUCCUACGCUAACAAGGAAACACUGCUCGACGCCAUCAGGCGAAUCACAUACAAGGGAGGGAACACCAAGACAGGCCGGGCCAUUAAGCAUGUGAAGGAAUCUAUCUUCACCUCAGAGGGAGGAGUGAGGAGGGGGGUUCCUAAGGUACUGGUGGUCCUCACCGAUGGCCGUUCCCAAGACGACGUCAACAAGGUCUCCAAGGAGAUGCAGAUGGAAGGCUACAUCAUCUUUGCCAUCGGCUUUGCUGAUGCGGACUACGGAGAGUUGGUGAACAUCGCCAGCAAACCCAGCGACAGACACGUCUUCUUUGUGGACGAUUUGGAUGCUGUCAAGAAAAUUGAGGAGCAGCUGAUCACUUUUGUGUGUGAGGCUGCCACUGCCACUUGUCCAUCGGUUCUGAUGAGAGGCAACACCAUGGCAGGCUUCAGGAUGAUGGACAUGUUUGGCCUGGUAGAGAAGGAGUACAGUAACGUAGAGGGAGUGUCCCUGGAACCAGGCUCCUUCAACAGCUUCCCCUGCUACAGACUGCACAAAGACGCCCUGGUCUCACAGCCCACCAAGUACCUCCACCCAGAAGGUUUGCCCUCUGACUACACCAUCACCUUCCUGUUCCGCCUGCUACCAGACACCCCCCAGGAGCCCUUUGCAUUGUGGGAGAUCCUCAACAAAGACAAUGAACCCCUGGUUGGGGUCAUCCUGGACAAUGGUGGGAAGACUCUGACGUUCUUCAACUACGACUACAAGGGAGACUUCCAGACAGUCACUUUUGACGAGCCUGACAUCAAGAAGAUGUUCUAUGGCAGUUUCCACAAGCUCCACAUGGCGAUCAGUAAGACCACAGCCAGGGUGGUGGUUGACUGUAAGGUAGUGGGAGGAAAGCCCAUCAAUGCAGCUGGCAACAUCAGUAUAGACGGGGUGGAGGUACUGGGACGCAUGGUACGAUCCAGAGGGAAGAGAGACAACUCAGCUCCGUUCCAGAUCCAGAUGUUUGACAUUAUCUGCAGCACGUCCUGGGCCAGUCGAGACAAGUGCUGUGAGCUCCCUGGACUGAGGCUGGAGGAGGACUGUCCUGCCAUGCCCCAUUCCUGUAGCUGUUCUCAGGACAGUAAAGGACCUCCCGGACCCACAGGACCUCCCGGAGGUGCUGGUAUCAGAGGAGCCAGGGGAGAUCGAGGGGAGCCAGGCAAUGUGGGGCCUCAAGGACUAGUUGGUGAUAAAGGUCCUUCUGGACCACAGGGCCCCCCUGGUCCUCAAGGGCCUAGUGGACAUUCCAUCCAGGGACCACCGGGUGGUGAUGGUGAAAAGGGAGAAAAGGGAGAUGUUGGUUUACCAGGACCUCAGGGUGUUGGUGGAUCUCCUGGCGGAUCAGGAAGAGAUGGACCAGUUGGACAGAGG